UUGACGUUUCUUCAGUUCCAAAGUACCUCGUCUAAGAAGUUUUGCCUUGGCCGUGACUGCCGUGUAACUUGUUUUUGGUCCGUCCAACCGCCCAUUACGUGUUGUGGGAGUAGUCUGCCGGGGAGGGCAAUGGUAGUGCAUAGCAACGUGUAGAUCCUUCAAGUUUUGUUUACAUCCUUCGUACCUUCUAUCAGUUUGCUGGCGAACAAUCAAGCCGAAUCGACAAUCAUCAUGAGCAGGCACCACCGUGAUAAGCGCGAAAAAUCCGACGCUGAACCCAGACACCACAAGAAAUCGAAACGACGGCGCAACAAAUGUCGAGACGUGAUGAUGGGCAUUUUGUGGAGUGUUUUUGUCAAUUUCGUGGGAAUCGUCCACAUGCUCGUGGACCGCCUAGUGGAGAUGGUUCUAGAGCGGGUUCUUCCACCGAAACAGGUUUGCCCUGCCAUCGUUUCGUCGGACCCCACAAUCAUCACAAAAAGUGCCACUGACCUGGCUCGAAUGAUUUUUGAGCGGCGGGCAAAAUCGUAUGCUGUCGUCAAAGCCUACAUCGAUCGAAUCAAUGAGGUCAACGGAGUCCUGAAUGCCGUCAUCGAUGGUCCAUUCAGUGAAGCCUUAGACGAGGCCCGUGAUAUUGACCGGAAAAUUGAAAACGGCGAGAUUUCGGACGCGGAGUUCUCAAGCAAACCCUUCCUGGGUGUACCGUUCACGACGAAAGACAGUACAGCAGUUAAGGGAAAGCUCCACACCCUCGGGCUUGUUUCCAGACGAAAUACUCGUGCGGACGAGGAUGCCGAGUGUGUCCGGCUGAUGAAGGAGGCAGGCGCCAUUAUCAUCGCCACUACAAGUGUUCCUGAGGUUAAUAAAUGGAUAGAGACGAGGAAUCUGGUGAUUGGGAAUACGAACAAUCCUUAUGAUACUCGGCGGUCGGUUGGAGGAUCAUCAGGAGGAGAAGGAGCGUUGGUAGCGGCGUGCGGAACAGCCAUUGGACUAGGUACUGAUAUUGGUGGUUCGAUUCGCAUACCAGCAUUUAAUUGUGGCAUUUUCGGUCAUAAAGCCACUACCGGAACCAUCAAUAUGCGAGGCUGUACAUUCAGACGAGGUGAUGAAGAGGAAACAAUGGUUACCGCAGGUCCAAUGACUAGAAAUGCUACAGAUUUGUUACCGAUUUUCAAGGUACUCGUUGGGCCUAAAAACGCAGAACUUCUCACGCUUAAUGAGAAAGUGGACGUGAAAAAGUUGAAAUACUAUUACAUACCACAAAACAACGUACUUAUCUCUAGUCCUGUUUCGAACGAAAUGAAAGCAACAAUGGAAAAGACUAUCUCACACUUAUCAUCAAUAUCCGGACAAAAUGUCCAACAAGUUCAAUUAUCAGGACUCGAAUACUCAGGAAAACUAUGGAUGUAUUGGAUGACACAGGAACCAGCAGAAUUCUCUAAACUUAUUGGUAACGGUGUGAAACCGAAUCCAUUCAUCGAGCUUGCCAAAAAACUAUUCAACAAAAGUCAAUUUACUCUGGCUGGUAUUUAUGGAAUGAUAAAUGACUUCUUACCCGUUGGAAAACCCGAAAAGUGGAAGGAAAUCACUCGACAGAUGGAGGAAGAAUUAGAUAGCAUCCUGGAAGAUGAUGGUGUUUUGAUAUUCCCUAGUUCACCGAAAACUACACCAUUCCAUUACUAUCCACUGGUUAAAUUUGGAGAUUUUCAUUAUUUCUCGAUUUUCAAUGUUUUGAAAGUUCCAGCCACACAGGUUCCCAUGGGCCUAAGUGCUGAUGGUCUUCCACUAGGGAUUCAGAUUAUAUCGAAACGGAACAACGAUCGUUAUUGCUUAGCUGUAGCUGAAGAACUGGAAAGGGCUUUCGGUGGCUGGGUUCCACCCUUUCCAACGAAGUAAUUUUAUUAUAUUUCUCAUAUUCCAUUUUUUCGACUGUGACUUUGGUGGCUUAGGGUUUUAUAUUUAAGAA